CCGCCCCUCAUAUUGGAGCAGCAGCAGCAGCAGGGGCGGAAAAGGCGGGAGGAGUGUGCCGCUUCCGCGUCCGCGCAACAGUAGCAGAAGCACAAAAUACAAGGGCAAAAUGGAAGAUAAGUUAAUUUUAGCUGUAUUUAAUUACCCGGAGCUGUACAAUCUCACUUUACCGAAUUACCGUUGCACGGAAAGUCGGUUAAGCGCUUGGAGAAACAUCAGUCUGGCACUCGGCUGCCCAUCCCAGGAAUGCAAAAGAAAAUGGAAAAACCUGAGGGACCGGUACCUGAAGGAAGUCCGAAUGGAGCUCAAAAGCAAAAAGCAGGGAGAGUUUGUACAAAGUAAAUGGAAAUACAGACAGCUGAUGAACUUUAUUGCUCCCUUCACCGGAUCCAGAGUUGGAGUGACAGACGUCUGUGGCAAUGAGAAUGACAAUGACUAUCCUGACCAUGAAUCUGGUAGCGCAGAGGGAGACACGACUUUGUCAGAGACGAUUAAGACAUCUCCAAAUGACACAAAGAUUGCAGUGAGUCCCUCUGAGCAAAAAGCUCCAUUGGCCUUCGUAACACAGCUCCCCACGCUGUCUCAGGACACAGAGCUGACUCAGCUGGCCAUGGUGGCUAAGAUGCCCCCCGUCUCCCAAAUAACCCCCAACAGCAACACCGGACGGAAACGACCUCUGUUGUCAGAGUCGGUAUCACAGUCUUUCCCUCAAAGUACAGACUCGUCAUCAAAAUGGCUGAUUAAGGAUGGGGGCUUGCCGUUUCCCAGCAGGCUGCGGCAGGACGAGGACGAACUGUUUCUGCUAAGCUUUGUUCCUGCUCUGAAGCGACUGGCCCCACAGAAGAGGUGCGAGACUAAAAUGAAGAUCCAGCAGAUCAUGUAUGAAGCAGAAUUUAACGUGCAGGAAAAAAAGGCGCCGCAAGAGACGUAGAAUCGAUCAGGAUGAACGUUUUGCAUUCUGCAUGGUCUUAAUAAAUCCUCUUUUCUUCACAGUCCAUCAUGGUUCAGACUAAACAAUUUCACCUACAAUAAAAUGAUGUGCAUUUUGA